GUCGGCUUCAGUCAGGCUGCGGAGCUGACGGACGCGCCUAGUGCCCCGGGGAGGGGAGCCACCAGGAGUGAAGGUAGAGGAGGAGGUGUAGAGGAAGAGACGCCCUCUCUGCCGGGACCCCCUCCCUCCGCCCCCCGAGGCUCUGACCCCAGGGGUUAGGGGCCUGACAAGUUUCUCCACCUUGGCUGCCUGAAGAGGCCGCUACCCUGGAGGGCCCUGAGCCCCCCGCACCAGGGGCCCCAGCACCGCCCCGGUGGCCUAACGCGACAGUUUCAGGGACCACUGCAAGGUUUCCAGUGGCCUAGACAACCCAGGAGCCCAGGGUCAGAGCAACAACCCUUCCUGCCACCUGCCUCGACUUCUGCCUCAGGCACCAGUCCCGGCCCCCGUGCAUCCAGCCCAGGUGACAUGCCGGUACUCUCCACGCCCAGGCCCUCGCGGGUGACCACGCUGAAGCGCACAGCUCUGGUCCUGGCCCUCACCGCCUAUGGAGCCCACAAAAUCUACCCUCUGGUGCGGCAGUACCUAGCUGCAAGCAGGGGCCCUCAGGUCCCAGCAGGGGAGUCCACGCAGGAGGUCUCUGGGGCCACGGCGGCCAAGGCCAGCGUGAACAGAGUGUUCUUGCGGCGGCUCUUGGGGCUCCUCCGGCUGCUCUUCCCCAGGACCCUGUGCCGGGAAACAGGGCUGCUGGCGCUGCAUUCGGCCUCCCUGGUGAGCCGGACUUUCCUGUCGGUGUACGUGGCCCGCCUGGACGGCCGGCUGGCCCGCAGCAUCGUGCGCAAGGACCCGCGGGCCUUCGGCUGGCAGCUCCUGCAGUGGCUCCUCAUCGCUCUCCCUGCCACCUUCAUCAACAGUGCCAUCCGGUACCUCGAGGGCCAGCUGGCCCUGUCUUUCCGCAGCCGUCUAGUGGCCCACGCCUACAGCCUCUACUUUUCCCAGCAGACGUACUACAGAGUCAGCAACAUGGACGGGCGCCUUCGCAACCCUGACCAGUCCCUGACGGAGGACGUGGUGGCCUUUGCCGCUUCGGUGGCCCACCUCUACUCCAACCUCACCAAGCCGCUCCUGGACGUCGCCGUGACGGCCUACACCCUGGUUCGAGCGGCCCGCUCCCGUGGGGCCGGCACGGCCUGGCCCUCGGCCAUCGCCGGACUCGUCGUGUUCCUCACAGCCAACGUGCUGCGGGCUUUCUCACCUAAGUUUGGCGAGCUGGUGGCAGAGGAGGCGCGGCGGAAGGGAGAGCUGCGCUACAUGCACUCUCGAGUGGUGGCCAACUCAGAGGAGAUCGCCUUCUAUGGGGGCCACGAGGUGGAGCUGGCCCUGUUGCGGCACUCCUACGAGGACCUGGCUUCCCAGAUUAACCUGAUCCUGCUGGAACGCCUUUGGUACAUCAUGCUGGAGCAGUUCCUCAUGAAGUAUGUGUGGAGCGCCUCCGGCCUGCUCAUGGUGGCCGUCCCCAUAAUCACUGCCACCGGGUACUCCGAGUCAGACUCGGAGGCGGUGAAGAAGGCAGCCUUGGAGAUGAGGGAGGAGGAGCUUGUGAGCGAACGCACAGAAGCCUUCACCAUUGCCCGCAACCUCCUCACCGCCGCCGCGGAUGCCAUUGAGCGGAUCAUGUCGUCCUACAAGGAGGUGACAGAGCUGGCCGGCUACACAGCCCGAGUACACGAGAUGUUCCAGGUGUUCGAAGAUGUCCGGCACUGCCGUUUCAAGAGGCCUGGCGAGCUGGAGGACACUCGGGCGGGAGCCGGGCCUGUGGUGUGGCCUGGUGCCCGUGUAGAGGGUCCUCUGCAGAUCCGAGGCCAAGUGGUAGACGUGGAACAGGGAAUUGUUUGUGAGAACAUCCCCAUCAUCACGCCCACGGGAGAGGUGGUGGUGGCCAGCCUCAACAUCAGGGUGGAAGAAGGCAUGCACCUGCUCAUCACGGGCCCCAACGGCUGCGGCAAGAGUUCUCUGUUCCGGAUCCUUGGGGGGCUGUGGCCCGCAUACAGUGGCGUGCUGUACAAGCCCCCGCCCCAGCGCAUGUUCUACAUCCCUCAGAGGCCCUACAUGUCCGUGGGCUCCUUGCGGGAUCAGGUGAUCUACCCAGACUCCGUGGAGGAUAUGCGAAGGAAAGGCUAUUCAGAGCAGCACCUGGAAGCCAUUCUGGACAUCGUGCACUUGAACCACAUCCUGCAGCGGGAAGGAGGUUGGGAAGCCGUGUGCGACUGGAAGGAUGUGCUGUCGGGGGGUGAGAAGCAGAGAAUCGGCAUGGCGCGCAUGUUCUACCACAGACCCAAGUACGCCCUCCUGGAUGAAUGCACCAGCGCUGUGAGCAUCGAUGUAGAAGGCAAGAUCUUCCAGGCGGCCAAGGACGCCGGCAUCGCGCUGCUGUCCAUCACCCACCGGCCCUCCCUGUGGAAGUACCACACACACCUGCUACAGUUUGAUGGGGAGGGUGGCUGGAAGUUCGAGAAGCUAGACUCGGCCGCUCGCCUGAGCCUGACUGAAGAGAAGCAGCGGCUGGAGCAGCAGCUGGCGGGCAUUCCCAAGAUGCAGCGGCGCCUCCAGGAGCUGUGCCAGAUCCUGGGCCAAGGCUCUGGGGUCCUCCAGGGCGCCGCCCCGCCCUGAGCCCCGGGAUCACAUGAAGGAAACGGCAGCACCCGGCCGCCCGCCCCUCCAGCCAGCCCUGCCGCAGGCCCGCCCCGCAUGCCUUUCCCUCCCAGGCCUCCUGGCCGCCACCUGCCCCGCCUAGAGGACCGCCAGCAAACGCGCGCACCUGUCCCUGCACCCCCUUCCCUGGGCAGGGCGGGUGGCCCUUUCUUCUCUUCCAGGAGGAGGUGAGGGGUGGAGGUGAGACCCCAGCUCACACUGCCAGCCAGUCUGUGCAGAGCCUUGCGUCUGUGGGGCCCUGCUCUCCUGGCACUGUGGUCCCCCUCAUUCCCUCCCCUUCUGCCCCUCGGAGACCCCACAGGCCACCUGUUGCUACUGCCCAGAUGGCCCACCGAGGCUCCCGUCCCACGGGCUGCCCUUCCUGCCAUGGAAAUGGGCGAAUGGGGCCCACAGGCAGACAGGGCCCCUGGUGGGAACCCCUUCUCCCUUUCCAAGAGCCCUCGGGAGGAAGAACUGCACAGCAUUUCUUAGCAAGCGAUGAUGAGAAUGUAGUCCCUGCCCUCCUCGGCCCGUAGCCUUCUUUCCUUCUAAUUUAUUGGGUGUAUUGGAUUCCUGUUUGUAGCCAUCCCGAUUGCCAACACGAGCACCCUGCCGGCACCGGAGGCGGCCCGGGCCACCGUCCUUCCGCAGGUGGCCUAGCCAUUGAGCCAGCCCCCAGAGGCCCACACUGCCAGCCCCCUCCAGGGGGUGGGGGUUGCAGACCAACUGAACGGGGAAGGGGUACUGGGGCUGCCGGGCGUGAGGGCGCCUGUGUGCCCAGCUCAGUGCCAAAGAGGGGUCAGCCAGGGGAGCUGUCUCUGCAAAGCCAGCGCCCGCCCAAGAGGGGGACCCCACCACAGCCACCACCGCAUGUGCCUUUCCAGGCCCUCAGCCCUCCGGCCGGGGAGCCUCCCUCAAUCCCUCAGUAAAAGCCUCCCACAGAAAGUGCGA